AUGUUGGCAUCCGAGGAGAGCAUGGCGCAGGACAUUGCGGUCCCUGGCCUUUUGCGUGGUGUCAGCAUAAGCACUGACACCAGUAGCAGCUCGGUCUCUCGAGUUGCUUCGCUCGUGGUGACGCACAGUCGAAUCCCUCGGUCCGAAGAUCUCGGACAUGAUGCCGCCACGUUCCCCAAGCCAGUCAACCUGGGUCAGGCAGCGUCCACACUGGGUGAUCCAAAGGCAGGAGGUGCCGCCUUCGAGUUGGAUGCAUCAUCCGACUCGCCAGAAUAG